AUGAAACUAGAAUACUAAUUAAUUAAUACAAAAUAUGCAUCACCUUAAUUAUUAGAUGAAAAAUAAAAAUUUACAAAUUCUGCAGACAUUUUUUCUGUAAUGAAUGAAAUUAUAUGACAAGCUUGGAAUUGUAUGCUAUGAACUUAUUUUUGGAUGUUUACCAUACAAAGUUAAUAAUUAUUACUAACUAAUCUAACAAUUAAGACAAUUAGAAUUUAAUCCAGUUAAAAUUAAUCGAUCUAUACCUGGGGUAAAUUCAAUUUUAUUCUUUAGAUGUAUGAAGACAUUGCAAAUUUGAUUGAAAAUAUGUUGAAAUAUCAUGAAAGUUAAAGAAUCAGUUGGAAUAGUUUAUUUUCUCAUCAUUUAUUAAGUGAAAGACUAAGCACUCCAAUCUAAUUCAUUAGACCACAAGUUAAUCCAUAGACGAAUAAAAUGUAAAUCAAUAAAAAAUUGAACCAAAAAUUGAACCAAAAAUUCAAUAACCACUUCCACCUAAUCUUAGCAUCCAAUAAACUCCGGAAGUAUCAGAUCAACUUUUUAGAAUUGCAGCAUUUAUGAAUAAUGUUUUAGAUUCUCUAGAUAAGCAUUUGUAUAUUGUUAUUUCAUUUUAGGAAUCAAUAAAAAUAAAUACAUGCUG